AUGGCCUGUAUCUACCCAACUUCUUGCUGUACCUCACUUCCAACCAAAGGUCUUAAUACAGGAAUAUCCCUCACCACAAUCCUAAUACUGUCAGUAGCUACCCUGCCGUCCACAGCAGCCCCUCCAAGCUGCCGUGAGUGUUAUCAGUCUUUCCACUAUGGAGGAAAAAUGCAACAAUCCUUUACUUACCAUAAUCAUAUAGAAUCCUGUUAUGAAACCUUAGUCAAGGAAUGUGUUGAAUCAGGGAAAAGUUAUUAUAAAGUGAAAAAUCUAGGAGUAUCUGGCAGUCGUAAUGGGGCUAUAUGUGCAAAAGGUAAGCAGUGGCUUUGCUUCACCAAAAUUGGACAAUGGGGAGUAAACACUCAAGUGCUAGAGGACAUGAAGAGAGAACAGAUUGUAGCCAAAGCAAAGCCAAAAUCAACAAUGCCCCCCAAAAAAAAUCACCCGUGGUAUUUCCACCCCUUUAUACAAAACUACAAGCAGGCCUAUCCCUUCCCAAGCCAGGAAAAAACCUGUUUGUAG